AUGUACCCAUCUGCAAAGAAAAUAUUACAUGGAAUUUUUCGAAAUAAAGGGGGCGGUAUAGGAUUCGAACCCCCGAUAUCACUGCUAAGACCCUCCGACUCGCCCACUCGAGUCGCUUAGCCCUUCUUUAAAUUGGUGAUGAAGGCGCAUCAGGCUUAGGUUCUGCCUUAGCAAAUUGCAUUAAUCUCUCAAAUUUGA